AUUCAUGUGGGUUAAAAACAGAACUGCUGAAAGCAAAUACAUCCGUAAUAAUUAUUUUACCUGUCCCAUGUUUCAGAUCAGUGCAUUUGAAGCAGAGGAGAGGAAGCCACUGAGGACUAUUGAGAUACACCCACUGAAGGAGGUUAGCUUCAAGACAGAGUUUGUCUCUGUGGGUAGUCUACACUAGCGUCCGACCCAGGACAAGCUCAGAUCAUUCAUUUAUUGUAAGGUGAUUUCUGUGAAGCUGUUUGUCUCAGAGUCUGACUUAACAGGAUAGACCUAAAGUGUCAGCUAAAACUAUCUGGGACUGGACAAAGAAAGGACAGAGAUCCGUUCAAGAUGGUGCGGUCUGUCAGAGAAGAAGGUAGUCAGCUGAGCACCAUACAAGACCUGAAGGACUCUGGCUUCGGCCGUCCUCCUCCCCGACACGGCCUCAAACUCCUUUUCUGGUUCGCCAACGAGUGUGUGGCGUUCAAUCACCACGGCAACAUGCUGGUACAGUGCCACCCUGAGAUGGAAGAGUUCGGCUUCCACUACUUUGGCAACUUCGAGGAGAUUCUCCCAGUUCUAUCGCGAGACCGCAGGGAAAGCUACUUCGAGGUGGGCAACCUGAACACAGAGACCUAUUCCAAAGCCAAGGACCUACCGGACUACGUGAGCCAGGACUACGGGCUUUCCCUGGGCUACCGCCAAUGCAACAAGGACCGCAUCAUCAUCAGGCUGAAGCAGGGGGACGUGACGGCCACCUAUGUCACCGAGCACAAGGAGGAUGGCGGCCGGGGGGAGUUUGACUCCGAACGCACCCACCUUGUAAAUCCGGAUUUGAUCCGCAUCAUCCAGGACCCUGAGCUGGAGCUAGCGACAUUCCUGGACCAGACGGGCUACAUGGGGCUGUCGCUGAGAGAGCGCCUCCUCAGAGCUUUCAUGGUCUUUAUCUUUUGUCUGGUCUUCCUGGUGAUCACUUUUAUCAUUUUGAGCAUCUUAGGGAAGUUGUAGAGAAAGGAUUCUGAUGUUAGCCAUUGUGCAUUAAUAUGUUAAGUCCAUAGGUAAUUUGCCAUAGUGUUUUGAUUGGGUAAGUCAUAUAGCCUAGUAAAUACAACAGUUAUAUUAUUUUAGAAAUGGUAAAAUAGUUAUGUUACAAAUAGUAUAUUAUCAGGCCUAUUUGCAAUAUAUGAUAUAUUAUCUGUUUAAAAACAUGAAUUUACAUGGAUGGAAACUUUCUUUCUGUGAUUAUUUUGAGUAAAAAUCAAAGAAGAAAAGAAGAAGAAAUAUGUCUCUCUCUUGUUAUUUUCUUAAAGCAAACAAUGUAAUCUCUCUUGUUGUUUCAUUAAAGCAAACAAUGUAAUCUCUCUUGUUAUUUUCUUAAAGCAAACAAUGUAAUCUCUCUUGUUGUUUCAUUAAAGCAAACAAUGUAAUCUCUCUUGUUGUUUUCUUAAAGCAAACAAUGUAAUCUCUCUUGUUGUUUUCUUAAAGCAAACAAUGUAAUCUCUCUUGUUGUUUUCUUAUAGCAAAAAAUGUAAUCUCUCUUGUUGUUUUCUUAAAGCAAACAAUGUAAUCUCUCUUGUUGUUUUCUUAAAGCAAACAAUGUAAUCUCUCUUGUUGUUUCAUUAUAGCAAACAAUGUAAUCUCUCUUGUUUCAUUAUUGCA